UAGGUACAUUCUGAACUAGACACAGCACACAAUUCAACUUUCAGCUGAAUACAAAUUAAAUACAAUUUAACAGCACUGACACGCUAUCAAAAUAAAGUUAAAUUCGGUUAAGGUUAUCAAUCUCUGGUAACAAUGAGAGAAAAGAAAGGAAAAAAGGAGAAGGAUGAAGAGUGCCCGGAGGAGAGGCAACCCCGUCGACAAUCUAUUUUUAAGGCAUUAAAGAAAACAAACUUUUUCCGUCGAGCCAGAGUUGAAGUUGAAGAGGAGGAAGUCUCACCUGUCAAAUUCUCCUUCUUGGGACAAGUAUACAGGCAUGCUAUGUUCACGUUCUCCAGAACAAUGACAAAAUCCUACUCACAAUCUCAGGAUAAUGGAGGUGGAAGAUCAAAUCAGAACUCAUGCGAUCUUCCAGAUGGACGAGUGGAGAAGGAAGAGAGCCUGGAAAACCCAAAAGAAACAAAAAACUAAUGAUAUCUACCAAUUUUGUUGAAAAAUUAAUGAUAUCUACCAAUUUUGUUGAAAAAAUU